AUGAAGCCCACCCAAGGGAUACCAGUCACUAAUGUCCCGCGUUCACCAGAAGAGCCGACCGAGCAGGAUCGAGCCACCGGUGCGACCGAGAUCCAGGAUGCCUCCCCCGUCGCACCUUCGGACCCUGUGUCCCCCUCCGCUGACCCAGCCGCGAGCACCUCCGCCGCGGAGGAAACUACCUCCAAGAAACGCCAUCUCCUGAUCCCCAUCCCGUCGCGCCGGUCCUCCAAAGCCAACAAACCAUCGGCGGAGAAGACCGAGGAAGCGCAGGAGGAACCCCGAAGGGGCUCCAAGGUGAGCAUCCUCCGGGGAAAGCGAGACCACAGUCGGGCCAGCAGCAAACGGUCGCGCCGAACUCAGGAUGGAGCAAACGUGGACCAGAACAAGGAAACGGCAGCUGCGCCCGAGGCCAGUUCUGCGAAGCCCCCGAAAAAGGGCCCAAACAAGCUUUUUGCCUUCCUGAGUUGUUGCUCUUCCUCGGACGUAGAUGCCGAUGAUACCUCUUUGCCCGCGAAGAAAACCACUAUGCGGCAGGCUCCAUCGAAUCGCCUGCCCACUCCUGACAAGGCGGAAGCCCACACCGGCGACUCCAGCACCGCGGAAUCGAGGGAGCCAUACCUCGACGAAAAAGCUCACUCCGUCGUGAGCGCGGAUCAGCCAGGGGACGAGGAGCGCAACGUGCAGGCGGCUGCAGGUGGCGCUGAGGCCGAAGGACCUUCCACAAGCGUCGUUCAACCGGAAGUCUCAGCCCAAAAGGACCAAAGAGAAGAGAGCUCUGUGCCCACUGAAACCGCCGCUGUCAGUAACUCAGUGCCCGAAGUGAAAGUAAAUGAGACAGCUCGAGAGUCAUCAGAUGGUCAAAAAAGCGCGGUGACUGAAGAUCUUCCUCCCGCCUCAAACGCUCCAACUUCCAACAUGCCCGAUAAAUCCCUCGGCACUGAAAAUGACGACGAUGUCGCCAGCCACCAAGAAGAGACCCCACCGCCUGCAUUGGUGCUUCCACCUCCUCCGCCCGCCCCAGCACCUCCUGCUCGAGGAUAUCCCGAGGACGUCCCUCGCCCAUUGCUCCCAGCCGCUCUGCCUCAUCUGAGUGGUAGAAAAUGCCUGGUUCUGGAUUUAGAUGAGACGCUCGUUCACAGCAGCUUCAAGGUUUUGGAACGCGCCGACUUUACCAUUCCAGUCGAGAUCGAAGGCCAGUAUCACAACAUCUAUGUGAUCAAGCGUCCUGGCGUGGAUGCAUUCAUGAAGCGCGUUGGCGAACUUUAUGAGGUGGUCGUGUUCACCGCUUCAGUUUCCAAGUAUGGUGAUCCUCUUCUGGACCAACUGGAUAUUCACAAUGUUGUUCACCACCGCCUAUUCCGCGAGAGCUGUUACAACCACCAGGGCAAUUACGUCAAGGAUCUUUCGCAAGUCGGUCGCGACCUGAAGGAAACGAUCAUCAUCGACAACUCCCCCACCUCCUAUAUCUUCCACCCCGAGCACGCGAUUCCCAUCAGCAGCUGGUUCUCUGACGCUCACGACAACGAGCUACUCGACCUGAUCCCUGUUCUCGAGGAUCUUGCAGGCACACAAGUCCAAGAUGUCAGCAUGGUCCUGGACGUCAGCUUAUAG